AUGUGCAAGCCAUGUGGUCAAAUUUCAGUGUGGCUGCCAUUGGCUAACAAACGGAAACUUGUUCAGGAUCCUCUUAAUCAUUGUGGUCGUUGUAUUAUUUGUGAAGUCAUUGUUGCUGAAAUAGAUUGUGUUGCUGAAAAAAUGCUACUACAUGAACCAGAUGAUUUUGCUCAGCAUAAGCCCAAGGGCAAAAAAAUAGGUCUGCAAGCAUUAGUCUACUUAGGGCUGCAUCACCGGUGGAGUUCGGAUGGACACAACAAACUCAUAUUAAUUGGGUUUCCUAUAUGGGGUCUUGGUCUCUGGGUAGUACCCAACAACCGCUUGAAGACUACUAUUGGGUACCUGUACCUUUCUCUUGUGUAUGAAUUAAAAGUUGCUAACCCAAAAAUAGGUAUGUCUCUUCACAAUAUGAUAGAUUGUGGGAGUGAGACUACAGAAAUGUAUAAGUAUACUAAUGCUUUGCCAGAGUAUUUCUCACCCUACCUUUCACCUGACAAAAUUCCUGCUCACCGAUUCCUGAAAAGUGUCCAUAAUAUUACAAUUUAG